GUUGGGAACAUUAGAAGGUAACCAACAGUACAACCAGAAGGACAGGAACAUCUAGGUUCGGCAGCGGCGUGUCUAACACCUAACACCACCACCAUGGCUGACCCGGAAAAACAGCCCGAACAACCAAGCGCAAUCCAGCAAAAAAUGGUCAUCGCUAACAAAGUGACCGGAACCGUGAAGUGGUUCAACGUAAAGAGUGGAUACGGGUUCAUCAACAGAAAUGACACGAAGGAGGAUGUGUUUGUCCAUCAAUCGGCCAUUGUCAAGAACAAUCCGAAGAAGGCCGUGCGCAGCGUGGGCGACGGUGAAGUCGUCGAAUUCGACGUGGUUAUUGGCGAGAAGGGCAACGAGGCCGCCAAUGUGACAGGACCGGGUGGUGAACCGGUGAAAGGUUCACCUUACGCGGCAGACAAACGCCGCGGUUAUCGCCAAUGGUUUUAUCCGAGACGGGGUGGCGGUGCAAGGACCCAACGUAGACCACGCGAGGGUCAGGAGGGCUACGAGUCCGGUGAGGGUGGUAAACAAGGCGAAGAAGGAAACAACGCCGGUGAGACUGCAGGAGGUCAAAUGAGACGCUACAGACCUCGUCGAAAUUAUGACAGUUAUUAUCGCGGAGGUCGUCGAUCGGGCCCGGCAGGAGCUCAGCAGGGGGAGAACGGUGGAGAGGGUGGUGAGGUGGUUGGUCGUUACUCCAAGGGCGAACAGGGAGGCGAGGGUGGAAACGAGGGAGCUGGUGGAGUACCGCGCAGUGGCGGUGCCGGAGGUGGCGGGCGGGGGCGCGGUGGACCACCUCGUCGUUAUUACCGACGCAAUCUUCGCGGUGGUCGUGUCGGUGGUACGGGAAGACGACCCAGAAGUCAGGAUGGCCAGCCGGAGCAGGCCUCUGCACCUAAAGAUUCCGGCGAACCAGCGUCGAACCCUCAUCCACAGGACAGUCAGCCGGUGCAGAACACUACUACCGAAAGCACUGCUUAAAGCCAGAAAAACCCGUUUCUACAGGACAUUGCACAAAAUCCCUCGUUGAGCAACGGAAAAUUAACAUUCAUUUUUUUUUACAAACUGAUAUUCGUGUUGUAGUUUUAUAUUCAACGUAUAAAAAACAACGGGAAUAGCGAUUGUAUAGAAAAACAAGGAAUUUUGGUGAAAAAGAACAUCUUCAAAUGAACAUCUUAACGUCCGUAGAGACAGAGCAGCACCAGCAGCAGCAACAGCAGAAAACAGCAACAUCAUAACAUGAUAAAUAAGAAAAUUGAAAAAAAAAUAUAUAUAUAUAUAAAACAUAAAAGAAACGAAAAAAAACAAAUCACCAAUAAGAAAGAAAACACUAUUCGGUACUCUUCCUCAGGAAAAAAAAACAUGUGAAUUUUUCGCGGUACGUAAGAGAGAACAUCUGAAAAAAAAAACCGUGAUGGACACUAGUAAUAAACCUAAUAGAGAACAACAAAAACAACAAACAAAGAGAAAUAUCGAAAGCAGUAGAUAUUAUAGAGAUCGAAAGAUUUUUAGAAAUCGUACCAAUAUUCUGGACUGUCUUCUGCUCUUUUAUUGGUUUUUUCUUUUUGUUGUUCUUUCACGUCUCACAAACUAGUAUUCCUAUGUAGACGGAGAAUAUCGUGAAUGGAAAAACCUAACGUUCCCCGAUGACUCAUUGAUUCGCCCUAUUCAUACUCUCGAAUUAUUUCCAAAAGACCUUGGCUAAUUUGAAACACGUAUAUACACAUUAAAAGGAAACAUUCGGAGUCAAAUAGAGGGUGAAAGUGACCUUGGGAUGUCGUCGCUGUCUUCAUAUCGAUGCUUUUCGUUGUUUUUCUUUAUUUUUUUUGUUCUCAUUUCGUUGUUUCAAACAGUAACGGGAGUACAAGUAAAGACAAGAAAAACCGAAUAUCAAAUGCCAAAAACUUUGCUCACUUUUGAUUGUGAAUAACUUAUCAUUUUCCACCAUUCGUUUUCUUAGCACCAUUGUACCCCAAAUCGUUCAAGCAUUUCUACUCUUUUUUCAUAAAUCGUGGUUUCAUUUUUUCAUCGCAUUUUUCAACACGUUAUCAGUUUCUGUUGAUAUCAAUUUUUUGCCUCCUUUUUAGGCUCGAAAACCCCGAGAUAAUGUUUUCUCCGGGAAAAAUCGUGUUCGCUCCCGCGCUCUGCCCCUUGGUUACGGUCAUUCCUCGCUCCGUACGUGCGGCUUAAAUGUUCUUAUAUCGUUGAUUCUUGUGCUUUUUUUAGGUUUUUUGUUUGUUUUGGUUUUUUUUUUUUUUUUUUUUACUUUAAUGUUGUUCAACAAACAGCAUUAAUGUAACGGGAGAAAAAAAGGAGUUGCGUGUGACCCCUGGAGGGUCGGAGCGCAACGCUACCGUUCGCUACAAACGGUAAACACUGUCUUGACUGUUGAUUCGACUGAACCUAUUGAAACUUCAACGAUUGGACAAUCGCAGUGCUUGUCCUGAGUUCCGUUUGUUUGUGAAUUGAUUCCUCGAAUUCUGUUGAGUGGAAAAAUUAAAAACAAAAAUCCAGGAGAUCUCAAACAAUAACUCUUUCUUCAUUUAUUUCAAAUAUAUCGCUAUGGAAUAUUUUUACAAUCGUUCGACCAAUUCUAUUCACGAACACGCCUCAAUUCGAGACUCCCUAUCUGUUCUGCUCUACUGACAAUUUGAUUGUGAUUUGUCAAAAGGGUUAGCGAAAGAGAAAGAGAGAAAAAGAAUAAAGAGAGAAAUGCAAAAAAUAAAAAAAAAAAAUUAUUAUUUACCUUGCAUGAACGAAGUACUUUUAAAGAGAAUCUUUAUUAGUUUUGUAGUGCUGCCAUGAAAUAAAGUUGAUAAUUUUGAUUCGGAGUUUCUCCUCUAAUGAUUUGUUAUUAAUAUGCCGCAAUAAUCUUCUGUAAAGCUAUCUUUUGAUGCUAAUUUUUUUUUUUAACUUUCCAGUGACAUUCAUAUUCAAAUACAUUGGCCUCUCUUUGUCUCGCCUAUGAAUCAUACCAUUGCCUAACUCAAACUUUCACCAAAUUGUGUGCUUACAUAAAAAAAUUUGCAAAACACAGAUUAUCAUGACAUUUUCUCUUCUUUCAACGAAGAUUUUCUCUCUUACCAAAUGAUGUUCUUGCUCAUAAGCAGCGAGGCAGUAUCGUUCAAAUUUAGUUCUUCUGUUUUUUGUUGAAAAAAAGUACGAUGAAAACAUUAGGUUUUCAACUACCAAUAAAUAAAAAUAAUCAUAAUUCGCACUACGUCCUUGUGUUGUGCAUAAUAUCUUCGUUGUAUGUAGUAAUUGUUCGGAGUAAAGGAAACACUACGAUUACUAUGAUUCAAACAAAGUGAGGAUAUAAUUAGUAAACGAAAUCUGGGGCAGCUUUUAAUAUUCUAGAAAAUGUGUGGGUGCGAAAUUCAACAGAGUGCUGAGUAACGAUAUAAAAUAAAACUCGCGAUUACGUUACGUAUCCGACGAUUAUUUAAUUUGUUAUGACCUAUGAAAUUGAAGCACCUUUUCUUUCGAAUUUAUCGAGUCAGUUUAUAUAAAAUAUAAUUAUUCAGGUGAUCUAUUAGUCCUCGCAGUCGGAAAAAAGGAGAUACACACACUUUUCACGGACACACUUGAUAUUUAGGGAAAAAGGAGUUACAGACCGUUAUGUGAUUCAAAAAGAAUAACUUGUAAUUUUACUUUAUCUCUUAAUAGCAAACGUCUUCGAAAAAAUCAUGUAUCGAUUCUUUGGUUUUCAAUGGUAAUAUCUGAAAUUCGCAACUGUUAUCCAUAUAUUUAAACAAAUUACAUUAUCCUAGUUUGUAAUGAAUUAACCAUCCAUCAACUUUAAAAUUGUAAAUAACUGAACUACAACAUACAUAAAUUGUAAAUAUUUAUAAUUGAAAUCUCUUCACUUUUUGGACGAUUUAUAUAAAAUUGCAAUAAUUCCUCUUUUUUUCCAAAAAUGUUAAAUUCUCAAACCUACAAAACAAAAGAUAUUUUUUAUCGUAAAAUGAAAAGAAAAUAAUAAAGAACAAAAAAAAUGAAUAAACAAAAGAAAAUGGAAAUGAAAUAUUCCAUUUGCUCGAAACAUUUUCUUGUUGCACAGUUAAGAAAUGGGAGCCAUCAGCCGAAAAGAGGGUCAUUCGAGACUUCGACAAUUUAAUUAAUCGUAAGAUCGAUUAACGUAAUCGCGGGCAUGCGGACGCGAAGCACCAUAGAGAAGGAAUGAUAAAACAAAAAUAACAAGCAAAAAACGUUAACAAAUUCGAAGAGUCGACGAACAAGAAAAUGAACACGCGUAUCAAAUAUGUUCACAACAUCAGGUUUUUGUGAUUAGCCGUAAGGUGAAGGAACAUGAAUAGAACUAGAACUUUCGUAAAAGAAGAGGGAAACGAACAAAAAGAAGAGCAGACCGUCUCGAAAUUUGUAUGGCUGAUCGUGAAAAAAUACGAUGCAUGAUUUGACUGAAAACGAAGUUAUUGGGGAAUAGCGAUACGUUGAAGAAAUAAAGGAAGAAAAUAAAAGAUGUCAAGUUGGAAGAGAAAUUACAGGCAAAUUGACACGAAGAAACGAAGAGAAGAUGUGUGUGCAUCCCCAUAAAUAUGACUUAAUCCCUAAGGGAAUCAGAUAGUAAAAAAAAUACCAUUUGGAGCCGCGUCUUGAAUACACUUCCUAAUGCUAUGACGUUAAAUUUUUUCACUUUCGAGUUGGUGAUUGGGAAAUCUCUGGGCAUAAAUGCGGAUCUUGAUAAGAUAAUACCAGUUGAGUACAGGGCUGGAAAUAAAUGAAUGGGUUCGUAGUGGAAAAUCGAGUCAUUUGGAAAAAAAAUUCGUGGGCAAAUUGAGCAAUGAUGAAAAGAUGAUGCGAGGGGAGGGACAAAGAAAACUAGCUGACAGUAGCCUCAAGUCUGCGUUUUAGAUCGAGAUACGCGAAAAUAUGCAAACACAAACCAUGAAUAAUAACCAUUUGUGACUAUCGGAUUGCAAUAAUAAUGAUAAUAAAAACAAUCGAUUUGUCAAGGCUAAUAUGAAUUACUAAACGCGACAUUCGUCAAUUAGUCGUCAGAUAGGGCAAAAAAGCAACAACAUGAAAACUUAUAUGUAGUGUGUUUUUUCAAAAUUGACGGGGUCGAGAAUCAAGGGCUAAUUAGUGGGGGAGUAGAGACGCGAACAGUAAGUGGCCCCUAGAGAUAUGUUGGUGUGGAUCAUUGAGAAAAGAAAAUAAACGAUAAAAAGAUGAGAGGAAAUAUGAAAAACCAAAAAGAGAUAGAAUUUAAAUCGGAGCGAGGCGUUCACUUUUUUGAACAGAGUCUCCGCGUAAAAAGCUCGACGGGCUGGCGAGUAAACAUGCACCGACGUUUCCUAUCUAUUCUACGCUUUUUUGAUUCCUAUAAAACAAUGAAAAUGAAAAUGAGAUAAUAAAAAAUGGUGAUUCGAUUUCAAUGCGACAUGAAACGAGAAAGAAGAAACCAGCCGUCGGGACACGGGACGUUUUAUUGCCUUCUCGAAUCAAUCGCCUCAGUGCCCGUCGACUGCCCAGUGAAUUUUGUACCGAAACGUGUGAAGCUCUAAAUGCUAAUUUCAUAUAUGGAAUUUAAUUUUUUCACGAAACAUGUGCAUUAAAAAAAAUGAAUAAAUUGACGAAAAAAAUCGCAAAACUCGAAAAAAAAACUU